CCUGAUUGUCUUCAACAUAGCUCUCUCCAAGAUCAGGAAUGUUUGGAGAUCUUUCAUAUCCAACCGCACAAAGUCACAAGGUACAACUAUAUGGCCUAUUUAGAUGGCGAGUCUAUGAGUGAUUCUUUUUGCCAAUUGUAUUGCUUUUUGAAAGGGGUAAGUUUAUAAUCGAUUUUUGCGGCAAUGGAGGGGGCAUGAGGCUAAUGGAAGCUCCAAGAUUUGCUACAGUGCUCUUCAAGCUCUAGAUUACCAACUACAUGUAAGUUGAAGGGGCUCAAAUUCCUUUGUUUCUUAAGGAAAAGUACUCUAAACCACUUUUUCCUCAUCUUUUUCACUCUCUUUCUCACAACUCACUCCCUAUUCUAAAACUAUCUUCAGCUCCUUGUAAGAAUUUUAAGAUCUCAAGUUAAUUGCAUAAGAGGCUGGUUGUUGUAUUGAGUUGUUGGUGAAGGAAUAACAAAUUGUUUUACACCUCGCUCAAAGUGAUUCUUUAGCUCAUUGCUUUGAUUUUUGAUCAUCUUCCUGGGCCAACCGAUUAGGAUUAACAAAUGGUUCACACUUACUGUCAAGUCCAAAAUCUAGCCUACCCUGCUGAUUUAUCUGAUCCACUUCUCCAAAAAUGGGUCAAAUACCCAGGUAACCCGGUCCUUGUUCCCCCUCCAGAGAUCGACAAAUUGGAUUUUCGAGAUCCUACCACUGCGUGGCUCACCUCUGAGGGAAAAUGGAGGUUGACAAUCGGGUCUAAGAUCAACAAAACCGGCAUUUCUCUUGUGUAUGACACCACUGAUUUUAAGCAUUAUGAGCUCUUAAGCAACAUUCUUCAUGUUGUGCCUGGUACCGAUAUGUGGGAAUGUGUCGACUUUUAUCCUGUAUCGAAAGCAGAGCCCAAUGGGGUUGAUACUUCCAUUAACAACCCAUUGGUGAAACAUGUGUUUAAAGCGAGUAUGGAUGAUGAUAGGAAUGAUUAUUACGCGUUAGGUACUUAUCAUGAAGAUACAGGUACAUGGGUCCCGGAUAAUGCUGCCAUUGAUGUUGGUUAUGGACUAAGAUAUGAUUACGGAAGGUUUUAUGCUUCCAAGACAUUUUAUGAUAAAGAAAAGAAGAGACGGAUCUUGUGGGGUUGGAUCACCGAAGCUGAUAGUGAAGCAGUUGAUGUUAAAAAAGGAUGGGCUUCUCUUCAGGCACUUCCAAAAACUGUGUUGUAUGACCAAAAGACGAAAGCCAAUUUAGUUCAAUGGCCGGUGGAGGAAGUUGAAACGCUGAGGAAAAACGUAAAGGAAUUCGACAAGGUAGAAGUUCCUGCAGGAUCAAUUUUGCAAUUGGAUGUCAGCUCAGCCACCGAGAUUGAUAUAGUGGCUGAAUUUGACAUAGAAAAAGAGGCACUGGAAAAGUUACCAGUUUCAAAAGAGAAUUUUAGUUGCCCGACUAGCAAGGGAGCUUCUCAGCGAGGUGCUCUUGGACCAUUCGGUCUUCUGGUUCUUGCUGAUGAUCAGCUGUCCGAACAGACUCCUGUUUAUUUCUAUGUUAUUAAAACCUCCCAUACCAGCUUCAAGAACUUCUUCCGCACGGAUUUAUCUAGGUCAUCAAUUGCACCCGAAGUCAAAGACAUCUAUGGUAGCGAUGUUCCUGUUCUCAACAACGAAAAACUAUCCAUGAGAGCUUUGGUUGAUCAUUCUAUCAUAGAAGCGUUUGCACAAGGCGGAAGAACCUACAUUACAUCUUGGGUUUAUCCAACAAAGGCGAUAUAUAGAGAUGCUAAGCUAUAUUUGUUUAACAAUGCAACCGCAGCAAGUGUAACAGCAUCUGUCAAAACAUGGCAAAUGAGCACUGCAUGAUUCAUGGAGAUAUAAAUGAAGAAAAAAAGGGAAAAUGAGUUUGUUAUUCAUUUGAUGGGAAGGUCUCUAAUAGCUUAUAAAGCGUGCACACCAUUUUCAAUUUAUCGAUGUGGGAUAACUCAUCCCAACACUCCCCCUCACAUGCGAACCCCCCGUCAAGUUCGCAUGUGGGAGUAAUCAAUUAGGGUAGGAACGCCAUUCUUUUCGAACCUACCAUUUUUAAAUUGUUGAUCGAACCAUCGGCUCUGAUACCAUGUUAAAUUAGGCUGGACUUAUUGUGAAUGUCAGCAUAUUAACGGGGGGAUACAAGUGCACACACUUCAUAAGCCAAGGAGAUAUAUACCAUCCCAAAACCAUAUGGCGAUGGGAAGAAGAUCUCUAAUAGCUUAUAAAGCGUGCACACCAUUUUCAAUUUAUCGAUGUGGGAUAACUCAUCCCGACACUUACUAAAACUGAUUAUCACCUACAAGAUUUAUCAACUCCACAUAUAUUUUAGAAAAUAUACGGAACGUCACAGUACCAGUAAUGAGGCAAUGAUCAAGUUAAAGAUACUCCCUCCUAGUUUCUUUAGGUCAUCAAAGAUGAGGAUAAAGUAUGAGCUAAGGUGGGUCAAAAUGGGACCAUAAGGGUUGGAAAGAAAAAGAGAUAUUAAGAGUUUUUAAU